AGCUGGGAGAACCGGGAUUGCCAGGAUUUGCUGGAACCGCUGGGCUCGAUGGGAAGAAUGGUAUGAAAGGGGCAAAAGGAGACAGAGGCCUGCAGGGCCAGAAAGGGGAACCGGGGGGAGAAGGCGAUUCUGGUCUAACUGGUGACAUUGGACGGAAAGGUUCGAAGGGUUUACGUGGGUUGCCAGGAAGGACAGGACCUCCAGGAGCAGAUGGAAUCAAGGGGGAAAUUGGUGGCGUUGGAAGUCCAGGGACCUCAGGUGCAGAUGGGCUUCUGGGACCCAAGGGUGAGCGCGGAGAGUCUGGCACAGACGGGCCCAAGGGAAUUUCAGGGCAGAAAGGAGAAAAGGGGGCCAAGGGGGUGCCUGGCCUGGGAGGCUUUAAAGGACAGGUAGGCCUACCUGGCAAGGUGGGUGUCGCUGGACCACCUGGCCUGCAAGGACCUCAGGGUGAGCCAGGAGUACAGGGCGAGAGGGGUAGAAGAGGAAGGCAACAGCUUUGUCUCAGGGGACCCCCGGGAACUCCUGGCAACAAAGGAGGAGUGGGGGAGGAUGGCCCAGCUGGUCGGAAAGGAGAAAAGGGAGAUCCUGGACUUUCUGUGGGAGACGUAAAGGACAUUGUCAGGAGUGAGAUGAGCGAUAAAGAUGGUGAGCAAAGACAAAGCAGCCCCUCUCCCCCCCCCUCCGCCCCCAGUAUUGAGACUGGCAGCCCCUGA